AUGGCCGACAACGACGCCAACGACCCAACUCCUGCAGUUGCCGAGGAUAACGACGAUCUGAGAUUCCUGGCUCAGCGUCCACCACCAUCUCCACCCCCACUUCCACCUAUGUCACCAUGUCGCCAGCCUUCGCCAGGACCAGCGCCAAGGGAACAAAAUAAUCCUGCUCCACAUCAUCUUCCAGACCCUAAUAUUCUGCUCCAUCACGUGGAGCAACUUGGUCGACAGAUUGCUGAUCUGCAGAGGCAGAUACGUCUCGACCGACGCAAUGCUGCUCCACUGGCUCAGGGUCCUCAGGAGCCUGCUCGAAGAGGGAGGGGCAGAGGUGCUGCUCCACUGGCUCAGCAUCCUCAGGAGCCUGCUCCAAGAGGGAGAGGCAGAGGUGCUGCUCCAUUGGCUCAGGAUCCUGAGGAUCCGGAGAAUCCUGAGGAGGCUGUUCCAAGAGGGAGGGGCAGAGGUGCUGCUAGGGGCAAUCGCAGAGCUGGGAGAUUCUUGGGGGAGAGAAACGCUCGGUAUGGACCCUGUUAG